AUGGCUUCCAGCAACACCACCACCGGCAACAAGCUGUCAGAUCCCUAUACUGCCAAAAACGUCGAUGAACCCGAUCUCAAGACCAAGGUGGAGGACCUUGCUGCAUUUGUCGAGAGCCAUAUGUUCUGUAUGAUGACCACACAUGUCCCGAAUUCCCCGCUCCUGGCGUCUCGAUGCAUGGCUGUGGCCGGGAAGGAAUCCAACGGUCUCGACCUUAUCUUCCACGCCAAUUCGGAAUCGGGGAAGACCGAUGACCUCCACUCCGACUGCGACGUGAAUCUCGGGUUCGUCACCCCGAUUGGCGAAUGGGCCUCGAUUGCGGGCAAGGCGACCAUUGAGACCGACCGCGAAGAGAUCAAAAGAUACUACUCCGAGGGUCUACGUGCGUGGCUGGGGGACUUGGGAGACGGCGUUCGCGACGGCGGACCCGAUGACCCGCGCAUCUGCUUGAUUCGGGUCAAGACUGUGACAGCUCAAUACUGCGUCACCAAGAAGGGGAUUAUCGCCAGUGCCAUUGAGAUUGCCAAGUCCGUGGCCCAAGGGUCCGUGCCGAAUAUCAACAAGAUCCGACAUAUCAGUGAGGAGGAAGCGAACCAGUGGAGGUCGAAGUAUCGGGAGUAG